AUGAAUCGGCUAUUCGGUACGAAGAACACGGCACCCAAGCCAACGCUAGAUGGGGCCAUAACCAAUGUGGAAACACGCAUUUCCAGCAUUGACGUCAAGCUGGCGGCUCUCAACUCGGAACUAUCUACCUAUCAAACCAAGAUCUCCAAGAUGCGCGACGGGCCGGGAAAAACCGCGUUACGGCAGAAAGCCCUCAAGGUUCUCCAGCGACGGAAACAGUACGAAGCGCAGCGGGAUCAGCUGUCGCAGCAGUCAUGGAAUAUGGAGCAGGCGGGCAUGAUGCAGGAUAAUCUGAAGAAUGUGAUGACGACGGUUGAUGCUAUGAAGACGACAACCAAGACCCUCAAGAAGCAGUAUGGUCAGAUUGAUAUUGAUAAGAUUGAACGGCUGCAGGAUGAGAUGGCGGAUUUGAUGGACGUGGGGAAUGAAAUCCAGGAAAGUAUAUCGCGGGCGUAUGACGUUCCCGAGGAUGUCGAUGAGGCGGAACUCGAUGCGGAAUUGGAGGCGCUAGGCGAGGAGACUAUGAUGGAGAGCUCGAUGGCUGAUAGUGCUAUGCCUAGCUUCCUGCAAGAUGAGGUGGCGCCGCCGCAGUUCAUUGAUGAGCCCCCAGAGCAGACUAAGGUUAAGGAGCCUGCUAGUGGGUUGGGUUAG